AUGUCACGCCGCAACGAGCACGCCGCGCGCGAGCUCGCGUUCGAUGAUCCAUCCUUCCCCCCCCGACCCUCUUUCGACUUCGACCCGGAUGCGACUGCCUUCCAAAACUUCCCCGACGACGGAGGAAUUGACUUUGACUUCGCCACCGCUCUCCACAAUCCACAUGACCCUUUCGAUGCCACCCUCAUUCCCCCCGUGUCCCAAGGUGUCCAGAGCACGGAUACCUCUGGGCGCCACUCGUACCCUGCGCCGGCCCCGGCAUCAACGCAAGCCCAGAUUGUCAGCGGCCGCGAAGACCGCGUCAAUCAACGCUUCGGCCAGAUAACACCACCCGACGAAAGAGUGUCAUCCUCCUCCAAAGCACCUCCGGCCCACGCACCACCCUCGCAACAGACCCGUGGCCAGGAUCCCUCGAAGCUCAGUAACGAGCAAAGAGCACGCAACGCCGCCAACACCCGCCAUUCACGCUCGAGGAACGCGAAGCAACAGCACCGGGCCGACCACGCGGAUUCCACCGAAGCUAAGAGUGAAGAUGGCCAGAAGCCGGGGAAGAGCUUGCAUGUUCAGCGCGAGAAGAACCGGGUGGCUGCCGCAAAGUGCCGAGCGAAGAAGAAGUCGGCAAACGAGCAGCAGGCAGAAAUGGCCAGCCAGUUCAGCAGCACCAACAACAUCUUGACCAAGGAGAUCCGCGACCUCAAGAAUCAGAAGACCGAGUUCCAGAAUCUGCUUCUCGCCCACCGGCCGGGAGUGUGCACUUGCCAUGGUAUCCACGACUACAAUUACGGCCAAGCACAGCGCCUUGUCUCGAACGCCAGACGUCAAGUCGUCGAAACAUCCUCCUCUUCGCCCUCCCAAGCCAGUCUCGCCUCCACCCAUUCGCCCUUAUCAGAAGUAUCGGGCACGAUGUUCCACGGCUCAUCGAUGGACCUGAGUGCGGAUGGCAUGGGCGUUCAUCCCAGAGCCGGCUCGUUCGACGACCCUAUGCGCUACGCCUUCAAUCAGAAUGGAGACCCCGACACGCUGCAUACGACCAGCGGCGAUCCACUCAUGCAUCGAGAGUUUGCCGAGUUCCUGCAAAGUUCACCCGGCAGUCGGGCGGGGUUUGCAUAG